GAUGGAGCUAAACCUGGCUAACUAACGGGAGAAAGAUGGAGCUAAACCCGGUUAACUAACGGGAGAAAGAUGGAGCUAAACCUGGCUAACUAACGGGAGAAAGUUGGAGCUAAACUCGGCUAAUUAACGAGAGAAAGUUGGAGCUAAACCUGGCUAACUAACGGGAGAAAGAUGGAGCUAAACCCGGUUAACUAACGGGAGAAAGAUGGCGCUAAACCUGGCUAACUAACGGGAGAAAGUUGGAGCUAAACUCGGCUAAUUAACGAGAGAAAGUUGGAGCUAAACUCGGCUAAUUAACGAGAGAAAGUUGGAGCUAAACCUGGCUAACUAACGGGAGAAAGAUGGAGCUAAACCUGGCUAACUAACGGGAGAAAGAUGGAGCUAAACUCGGCUAAUUAACGAGAGAAAGUUGGACCUAAACUCGGCUAAUUAACGAGAGAAAGUUGGACCUAAACUCGGCUAAUUAACGAGAGAAAGUUGGACCUAAACUCGGCUAAUUAGCGAGAGAAAGUUGGACCUAAACUCGGCUAAUUAACGAGAGAAAGUUGGAGCCAAACCUGGCUAACUAACGGGAGAAAGAUGGAGCUAAACCCGGUUAACUAACGGAAGAAAGAUGGAGCUAAACUCGGUUAACUAACGGGAGAAAGUUGGAGCUAAACUCGGUUAACUAACGGGAGAAAGUUGGAGCUAAACUCGGUUAACUAACGGGAGAAAGUUGGAGCUAAACCUGGCUAACUAACGGGAGAAAGUUGGAGCUAAACUCGGCUAACUAACGGGAGAAAGUUGGAGCUAAACCUGGCUAACUAACGGGAGAAAGUCGGAGCUAAACUCGGUUAACUAACGGGAGAAAGUUGGAGCUAAACUCAGUAAACUAACUGGAGAAAGAUGGAGCUAAACCUGGCUAACUAACGGGAGAAAGAUGGAGCUAAACUCAGUAAACUAACGGGAGAAAGAUGGAGCUAAACUCGUCUCCUACCGUUGCUUCUCCUGUGCGGUGGCCUCGUCUCUCACCAUGAACUCCAGUAGGAACUGCUCUGCUGUGGGUAAUGGCGAGGGUCUUGCUGCCCUGGAGUCGGUCUCCAUCGUGACCAUCAUGCUCCUCGCCUGCCUGGGGAACCUGCUGAUCGUGGCGACUCUUUAUCGCCGACCUUAUCUACUCACACCCAGCAACAAGUUUGUGUUCAGCCUGACUCUGUCCAACCUGCUGCUGUCGGUGCUGGUGCUGCCAUUCGUGGCCGUGAGCUCGGCCAGGAGAGAGUGGGUGUUCGGGGUGGUGUGGUGCAACUUCACCGCUCUGCUGUACCUGCUCAUCAGCUCUGCCAGCAUGCUGACCCUUGGAGCUAUCGCUAUCGACAGGUACUACGCCGUGCUCUACCCGAUGAUCUACCCGAUGAAGAUCACAGGGAACCGGGCGGUGGUCGUCAUCGCCUACGUGUGGUUUCACUCCCUGGUAGGAUGUCUGCCUCCUCUGUUUGGCUGGUCCUCCUUCGAGUUCGACUGCUUCAAGUGGACUUGUGUGGCGUCUUGGCACCGAGAGCCGAGCUACACGGCCUUCUGGGUCUCCUGGUGCAUCCUUCCCCCCUUCUUAGUCAUGCUGGCGUGUUACGGCGUCAUUUUCCGUGUUGCUCGUAUGAAAGCCCGUAAGGUACACUGUGGGACGGUGGUCGUGGCCCAGGACGACUCCACUGGAGCUCAGAGGAACGGCCGUAAGAACUCCAGCACCUCGACUUCCUCUAACGGGAGCAGACGGAGCCUGGUGUACGCAGGGAGUCAGUGUAAGGCCUUCGUCACCAUCCUAGUGGUGAUCGGCACCUUUCUCAUGACCUGGGGGCCGUAUGUCGGGGUGGUUUGCACCGAGGCUUUGUGGGGGCAGAGCGGUGUGUCUCAGGGGCUGGAGACUCUGGUGGUGUGGCUUUCUUUCUGCAGCGCUGUGUGCCACCCGCUCAUUUACGGCCUGUGGAAUAAAACGGUGAGGAAGGAGCUGCUGGGGAUGUGUUUUGGAGAUCGCUACUACAGAGAGUCAUUCGCUACGCGGCAACGGACGUCCCGCCUCUUCAGCAUCUCCAACAGAAUCACAGACCUGGGUAUGUCCCCACACCUGACUGCCAUGCUGGCUGGUGGAGGACAUCUGUUGGCCCCAGAGAGCAGCACAGGAGAUACUGGCUUCAGUUUCACUCAGGAGUCAUAUACAGAUAUGAUGCUGCUGGAGAACUUCUCCACAGACGGCUCGUCCCUCCUACAGCACCACGGGAAUCUGUCUGGGAAGAGGAGGAGCUCGGUGACCUUUGAAGACCAGGUGGAGCAUUCCAAAGCUGAAAACACGUCCUCAGUCCAAGUCCAUGCAGAGGUGCACCAAUCCCUCGAAACGUUUGCCUCCUGCCUGGCGAAGGCCAUAGAGAACGAUGCUAAGCUCACCUUGUUCGGGGAGGGUCUGGCUCUGCCAGCCGGACUCUUCACAGCGAGGAUGGCACCGAGACCCAGAUACCUGGAUGGGCAGAGACUGAGGCUGGAGAGCAUCGAUGAAGGGAUAGUCAAAGACGACAGAGAUGAAGAAGAGCAGGACGUGGAGGAGAAACCCGCCUGAACACAGCAGUUAUCGACUCUUCUCCCCCUCUACACUGUCAGUGAGAGCUGAUGAAGUCUGCUCCCUCCCUACAUGCUACUGAAAAUGAUGAGCAAACACCAAGAGGCACAUUAUUCAUUCCACUAUGUUGAACCAAACUUUCUUAAUGGAAUCAAAUAGGAACCUGAACUACUGUAACCUGAAUGGUCUGAUUGUUGGAUUCAUUUGUUUACUGCUAUAAAUUAUGGUAUGUUCUCAGAAUAACACAUGCCCCAUUAGGCAGUAUGAAAGAAAAUAUCACUAGUUUCUGACUAACAGCACUGUGAUCGGCUUCCUUUAAAAUGCUUCUUUAUCACAUUAAGAAAAGUCCAUUUUCAGCCAAUCAACUCUACUGAAGACAGUUAGUCUCCAAACCCUGCAGUCUAAUUAGAGGGUUUCUGGUCUGUGUGGGCAUUUGCAGCUCUCUCUGUUAGCUUCUUUGCACCAGUCAGUGAGAAACAACGUGGACAUUUAUCAGUUUUACUGGUUUCUUCCAGUAAUUCAUCAUCUCUAACCUGAUUCACGUCACACUGGAAAGAGUUCCUCUCAGUCAAAAUCACAGCAGUUAUAUAGUUAUCAUCAUGAAGUUGUUUUAAAACUAAAAAAUACGUAGAAGUUGUAAAAUUCUACAAGAAUGCAAGAAAGCUCCCGGGAGUCUGGAGUCUGUGCUGCAGGAGAAAGACGUAAUGAACAACCAGAGUAGCAGCAGAAAGAUGCAAUGAACAACCAGAGUAGCAGCAGAAAGAUGCAAUGAACAACCAGAGUAGCAGCAGAAACAUGUAAUGAACAACCAGAGUAGCAGCAGAAAGACGCAAUGAACAACCAGAGUAGCAGCAGAAACAUGCAAUGAACAACCAGAGUAGCAGCAGAAAGACGCAAUGAACAACCAGAGUAGCAGCAGAAAGAUGCAAUGAACAACCAGAGUAGCAGCAGAAAGACGCAAUGAACAACCAGAGUAGCAGCAGAAAGACGCAAUGAACAACCAGAGUAGCAGCAGAAAGACGCAAUGAACAACCAGAGUAGCAGCAGAAAGACGCAAUGAACAACCAGAGUAGCAGCAGAAAGACGCAAUGAACAACCAGAGUAGCAGCAGAAAGACGCAAUGAACAACCAGAGUAGCAGCAGAAAGACGCAAUGAACAACCAGAGUAGCAGCAGAAAGACGUAAUGAACAACCAGAGUAGCAGCAGAAAGACGCAAUGAACAACCAGAGUAGCAGGAAGCAGCUACAGCUGGAUCAAAAGUGAGGGUUAAAAAUACUCUCCACUGACAAAAACAACACCAUAUCUAGUCAGGUGGGAGUAACUGCCUCCAGUGUUUGAUUUAUGGUGUUUCUAUGUAUAUUUAUAACUUGGAUUAGUUUCAUUACCUGCAGUCUAAUCAAAGUGCAAACACCUGUGCAGGUGUGCAGGACCUUUAAUGGAAUGAAGACGACAUUUUAAAGGGAGCAGAAAACGAAGCUUCAGCUCGUUUAGACUCAGCAGCUGGACGACAAAGAUUUGUGUUUGUUUUCACACUUCUGUGACUGAUUGUAAUUCUCUACUUAAACACACACUACACAACACACCACACUACACAACACGCCAACAACACAACAUACUACACAACACGCCAACAACACAACACGCCAACAACACAACACGCCAACAACAAGGCGAAUGCUCAACGAUGAUGGAGGAAACACCUUUUACUGAAGACAUUUGUGUCCCAGCAGGAAGAAAAAGGUGUAAAUUAUAGUUAAUCAUGGCUGAAUUCCAUUGAACUGCCUCAUUUACAUGGUUUUAGUGUUAUUUAUGCAACACCAGCCAUGUUUCUGUGGAACUGAACGGGAAGCUGACUUUUGAAAUGUUGCAGAAAAGAAAAUGAGGCGUGUUUCCAUCAGUGGUUUGGAGCAGAUAAAGUGAGAUGUGAUCAGAAGGUGGCGGUGUAUACUGUGAUACGUAUGGCUGGAAUAAACUGCGGAAACAGAAGCAGCUGUUUACCACCAGAAAACCUGAAAGAAGGAGGAAAAAUAGAACUGCCGUCUAGGAGAUGAAAAUGUGGGGAGGUCUUUAAGACGAGGCAGAAACAGCCGAUCAGUCGUGAGAAUUAAAAGUCCACGACGUUGGAUCUUAUUUGGAAAACCGUCCAUCACCCGUGAAGCACAUUGACUUUUUCAGAAAAGGCAAAACCACCUCAAGUGAGUGAAAUAUCAGAGUUUUUACACAUUUUUUCAUUUACAGCAACCUUUAGUAAUGCAACAAACGCUGCAGGUGAUAACUGCCCUCGUUUUCAGUUGAUCUGUCCAUUAUUUUCUAGGUUAGGUGUUUAAGAUGUCAGAAAAUGAUGAAAAAUAUUAAAUAGUGUUUCCAAAAGCCCAAGAUGACAACCUGAGAUGUAUUGUUUUGUUCUCAUCGCAAAGAUAUUCAGUUUACAAUGACAGAGGAAAUAACUUCUCAAAACAGUUAAGCAAUUAUCAAAGCUGUUUCCAACUAAUUAACAGUUGACAGUUAAUUAUAUAAUCGGCUUAUUGAUUAAUUAUUUAAUCACAGUAGCUUGAAACGUGAAACCUCCACAUGAAAUCUGUUGAUGGAAACACGUAUGCUGACUAACGCUUGAACAGAAUCAAGGUUUCUAUGCUUUUCCUGUUCCGAUAGGAAGGUUUACUGAUGUCGGCAAUCUGUUGAUGUAAAUGUGUGAGUUCCUCCUGCAGUGCAUGCUGGGAUAGCUCUGAAUAGGAAUGAAUGGGUUUAGGAAAUCAGCCCUGAUCUGCUGGCUGACAUUAAUCAGGAACCUGCAGAGUGAGAUGAUAUGUGGGUUAAAAACAGGCCUUUCAUUUCACGAUCACCUGUACCUGUGGACAUUCAUGCUAAUUGUACUUGAACAUACGUGUUCUCUACUGCACGCCAGAGGAGGUGGUUGUUGCCGUUUAUUAGCAGUGAAGACCAAAUGAGGAAAAUGGAUUCAGGAGUCAGAAGUCUGGAUUCACUCAUGAAGACAACAGUCAAGAAACAGAACCUGUAAAUAUCUAGUGGUACAUGUAGCUCUAUUUAAACUAAAACACUCCGUUUACUAUCAGAGAAGAACCUGAGAGGAGAGUUGUUCUCCGUAGAGCCGGUGCUUCAGUCUUACCUUGUAUUUUUCAUAUUACGUUUGAACAGGUACUACUUUUAUAAGAGAAAGAAGUGAUGUAACCUUUUGAUUUUUGCUAUACAGUAAUACAGAUAUUUGCAUUAAAGCUUUUUAUUAAGA